AUGAGAAAUCAAACCUUCCUGAAAGAAUUCAUUCUUCUGGGACUAACAGACAACCCACAGAUCCAACCUGUAAUCUUUGUGUUUCUCUUAUUCACCUACAUAUGCAGCAUCCUUGGCAACCUCCUCAUCGUCAUUCUCACACUACUGGACUCCCACCUCCAGACCCCUAUGUAUUUCUUCCUCCGGAACUUCUCCUUCUUGGAAAUCUCCUUCACGUCCACUUUCACUCCUAGACUGCUGUUCAGCAUGUCAACUGGGAACAAGAGCAUCAGCUUUGCUGGCUGCCUGACUCAGUAUUUCUUUGCCAUAUUCUUUGGGGCCACAGAAUUUUACCUUCUGGCUGCCAUGUCCUACGACCGCUAUGUGGCCAUCUGCAAACCCCUGCACUACACAACCAUCAUGAGCAGCAGAGUCUGCAUCCAGCUGGUUCUCUGCUCUUGGCUAAGUGGGUUUCUGAUCAUCCUGUCCCCAAUCAUCCUCACCAGUCAGCUGAAUUUUUGUGCCUCCAACAUACUGAACCAUUAUUAUUGUGACUAUGGGCCCCUCUUUGAAAUCUCUUGUUCCGACACAAGACUCCUAGAGAUCGUUGACUUUUUCUUGGCAAUCGUGACCUUGGAUUUCACCUUACUGCUAGUGAUUAUCUCCUACACAAAAAUCAUCUGGACCAUUCUAAAGAUUCCUUCUGCUCAGCAAAGGAAAAAGGCAUUUUCCACCUGUUCUUCCCACAUGGUUGUCAUCUCCCUCUCCUAUGGGAGUUGCAUCUUCAUGUAUGUAAAACCUUCAGCCAAAGAAGGAGUCGCCUUCAACAAGGGCGUAGCUGUGCUCAACACCUCCAUUGCCCCUUUGUUAAACCCAUUCAUUUAUACUCUGAGGAAUAAACAAGUAAAGCAAGCAUUGAAGGAUGUGACCAGAAAGGUUAUUAAUAGUCAAUGA